CAGUCACGGGAUACAAAGUGUCUGCGUUGUUUUGCUGUGUGUGCGCUGAGGGGCUGUAGCUGCGUCAUUGUAUCAGGAAGUGAGCUGUUGUUGUACUCUCGCCUGUAACAGCCAUGUCGGUGACGGUGAAGGCUUAUCUCCUGGGAAAGGAUGACAGCCACAAGGAGAUCCGCCGCUUUGCCUUUCCCUUACCGGCGGGCACGGGGAGGGCACCGGCUAAUGCCACCUCUAUGUGUGACGACCUGUCCAGAAAGGUGACAGAGAUGUUCCAGGGGCUCAGAGGAGGGCCUUUCCAGAUGUUCUACAGAGAUGAAGAAGGUGAUCUGGUUGCUUUCUCCACUGAUGAAGAACUGAAUAUGGCCUUGUCGGGGCUGAAAGAAGAUGUCUUCCGUAUCUACCUGAAAGAGAAGAAAGAUGGCAAGCGUGAGCAUCGUUCACAUGCUGGACAGGAAAACAUGCCAAACUUGGUUCAUCCAAAUGUGACUUGUGAUGGAUGUGAUGGACCUGUGGUGGGGAACAGGUACAAGUGCCUGGUUUGUCCAGAUUAUGACCUGUGCAGCACCUGCGAGGCAAAGGGAAUCCAUAAGGAGCACAAUAUGAUAAUGUUCUCUACUCCUUUGGCUUUCCCACGUAAUCGAUGGUUCCGAAAAAUGCACCAUGGGGUUCCACCCUGUUCAUGGAUGCCUGGCUGGGGUUUUCCUGGCAGGGCCUUCACCUGCCCAAACUCCCAGCAAGCUCAUGGAAGCGCACCUUCUCAGAAUCCGCCUGCUUCUGGGGCAGAAAAAGCUGCUGAUUCAAGUCCCUCACAGCCAUCCCAAGAUUCCAAUGUGAACUUCCUGAAGUCUGUGGGAGAGAGUGUUGCGGCUAUGUUGAGUCCCCUGGGUAUUGAUGUAGACAUUGAUGUUGAGCAUGGUGGCAAACGAAGCAAAGUUUCAGAACCUAGUUCUCUGAACAAAGACUCCCAGCCGAGUACCUCCUCCUCUCCUCAGAAUCCUCAGGCCAAAGAUGACAGCCAGCAAUCUGACCACAUGGAAACUGACAAUAUUGCAGAACGGAUGAAAGACAUUGCUUUAAAUUCUCAAGAACGCGAACAAGGUGAGAGCAGUGGCAGUGCUUCAGUGGGUGAUGACGACUGGACUCAUGUCUCCUCUAAAGAGGUCGACCCAUCCACUGGUGAACUUCAGUCGCUUCAACAUCUUGAGACAGAUGAGCCGCUCUCCCUGGACCAAAGUCAAGCCAUACAUGCACCUACAGGGCUUAGGGAGGCCGCUCUGUACCCACAUCUUCCAGCAGAUGCGGAUCCUCGUCUCAUAGAAUCCUUGUCCCAGAUGCUUUCGAUGGGCUUUACAGAUGAGGGUGGCUGGCUUACUCGGCUCCUGCAGGCCAAACAGUACGACAUAGGGUCUGCCCUGGAUACCAUGCAGUCUGUGCGGCAUAUUCCUCGCCCCUAACAUCUGCACUAUUUUUCUUUUUUUAUUUUAUUUUAGAUAACCUUUCAUCCUUUAUUUUCACGUCAUAUUGCUUGGCAAACACAUUUAUGAUGUAUUCUAACUACGCACUUUUGAGGCGCAUCUUGUAGCAAGCCAUGUCCCUCCUGAUGUUAUUAUUGCAGGGACAAUAAAAUAUUAUAAUCCUG